UUUUUAAGUGUAGAAAAUUUGAUAAGCAUAGAUUUUUCACCAAUACAAAAUUUUAAAAGUGUAGUGCAUUUGGUGAAACAUGAGCUUAUGAAAAAUUCAUAUAUAAUUUUUUGCAGUGCGAUAGUUGUUUACAUUUUUUUCUAUCAUAUGUGCACGCUUGUAACUAAAAAGAACGCGUAGACAUGGAAAACACAACGAAAUAACUAAAUACAAAUUAUAUUGUGGAAUUUGCGUAUUGAGCUUAGAAAGCAACUCAGACUUUAAUUAAGCAAAGUUCUUAGUAAUAGGUGAAAUUAUUUAAAAAACUUUGGUUUAGUUAGUGUUAUAAAUAGGACUCUCAACCUUUCAACUGUAAGCGCUAAGUUGUAUACUGUUUGCCAUUGUGCUUUCAGCAACAGCGUCGCAAAUCAGCAUCCAACAUGGCAGCUGCCAGUACAACUGCAGCAACACCAGCUCCACCAUCAACUGCAACAGCAACAAAAUCAAUGUUAGUGCAAUUGACCACCGACGGUGUACCCAAACUGCAUUGUCCAGUAUGUGAUAAAGCUUUAGUAUCGCUAAGCGGUUAUGUGAAGCAUGUAAAGAAACAUGAGCCACCUGGUGGCUUCCUCUGUCGUUAUUGUGACGAACGCUUCUGUUCUGAGGAAGAAUUGAAGAAACAUCGGGACAAAGUGCAUACAACAAUCGUUUGCCGACUCUGUACAGAAGUCACAUUUAUAAACGAAGAUGACUAUCGUGAGCAUAUACGCGUCGUACAUAAUGGCAUCGAUAGGGAAAUGCUAAAAUGUGACAAAUGUGGCGCAGAAUAUAAAACAAUUUAUCCAUACAAGCGACAUAUAGAAACGGAAUGUGGCAAAAUUAAACCACACAAAUGUGAACAGUGCUCAAUGACUUUCGUGACAAAAUAUAAUCUUAAACAACACAUGGUGCUGCAUACUGGCGAGCGGAAGUACUGUUGUAGCUAUUGUGGCAAGAAUUUUCUGCAAAAAGGACGUCUGGUGGAACAUGAACGCUCGCACACGGGCGAGAAACCGCACAAGUGUGAUGUUUGUGGUAAGUGUUUUGCACACCGAGAAAGUAUUGUUACGCAUUCAUCGAUACACACCGGUGUGCGUUUAGUGGAGUGUAAAUGCUGCCUUACACGUUUCUCUUGUCAUUCAAAUUUGAUAAAACAUCGACGUACGCGACCCGACACCUGUGGUCUACCAGAAUUUGAUCCACCCAAACAGCGCACGCGCACGCAUCGGCACAGAAUUCCACCAACACUCAAUCCUACCUCUGAAAUAAAAGUAAACAAUUCCAAUCGCAUAAUAAAGCCAGAUCAUAAAGAACAAGUGCGUAACACAAAUUCGAACGCCAAAAAUCGCGUUAAUGGCAGACCAGGCAAAGGAAAGCGCAAAAUAUCUGCUACAGAUACGGAAGAGGACGAUGAAUAUGAGCAGGAGAGAUGGCUUAAUGAAUGUGUUGAAAAAGUGGAAAUUAACGCACUUGACUCUGCCACCACAAUAGAAACGCAGGAAGCAACAAACACUACUUCACCGCCUAGCUUACAAAAUGGUACGGAAGAAAAAACUGUUACCGAGGUCGGUAAAUUCGAAACAGACUCGGAAGACGAUUAUGCCGAUUUUGAUCCAGCCGAAGAUAGUGCUAGUGAAGAUGAGCAUAAAGAAAAUGUACAAUUAACGCUUGCAAAAUUGAAAGAUAUUAAAAAAGAAGAAAACACCGCAAGAGUUGAAAAUUAUAUAGAUAAUGCAUAUGAUGAUGACGAACUUGAAUUUAUCGACUCGCGUGAAUUUGUUGGCUCCGAGUACGAAGUCAAAUCAGAAGAUGCUAAUAUUUUCAUUAAUAAAGAUAAAUUGUUAGAUUCGCUGUUAAAAGAUAAGACGACGCAAAGCGUUAAAAAGAGAGAGCAAGCGGGCUUACAUGAGACUGAAUUGAUAUUAAUCAAAGCGGAGGAUAGUGCCGACUAUGUGGAGGAGACCGACAUUUUGGACGUUGAUAGUGAUCAUUUAACUACGCCACUUGCUCCUUGUAAAAUAAUGCUGCGAGAUGUACGCCAACGAUACCCCGCAUUAAAGGAUGAGUCGAGUGUGAAAGUUUCACGCAAUGCUGUGCCAUACCCCCGCCCCAGACGACACCAACAAGGUGCAGAUACAGACAAUGAACUUACAAAUGCCGCUGACAGGUCAGUAAGUGAAUUGGAAGUACCCACAAAAUCACGUAAAAGCAUCAAAAAAGUUGCACAGCCGAAAAUUGAAGAGAAUGCAAAGGUUACGAAACGUGGACGCAAGUCACGUCCACUGACGGAGGACGUAAAUGUACCUAUUAAAUCCGAUGAAAAUGUAGAAAGUGCUGCCGCUGAUGAUGAGGAGGCGGAAGAUAAACAGAAAACAGGUAAGGGCGGUAAGCCGGGACGUAUGGCUAAGCUUUCACAAAAGGAACUGAAAGCGCGUUUGAAACUAUCGAAGCGCGGCGAGAAGCCUUGGCAGUGCCCAUAUUGCAUAAAAGUAUACCAUAUACGCAAACCUUUUGAGAAGCAUUUACGUGACGAUCAUCAAAGGCCAGAAGAGGAGAUCAAGGAGACUUUUAAGACCGAAGAAACGACCAUUAAUGAUAGUGAGGUCUUCAAGUGCCAUAUUUGCGCGAAAAUAUAUCUGAUGGAGAAACGUUUAACCAAUCACAUCAAAAUGCAUGGUCCCGACGGCAGUUUGAUCAUCAAGUGUCCCUGCUAUUGCUCCGUGUAUUUCGCAACCAAGGACGAGGCAACUGCGCAUGCGCGCAAGGAGCAUCGUGAUCUCAUAUUUUGUAAUAUUUGUGAAAAAUUCAUGACCGGCCAUGAUUCGUUGAAAAAUCACAUGAGAAAACAUGAACAGGAGCGAGACAGCAAAUCUGUGGCGAAUAGAAAUUUUGUUUGUGACAAAUGUGGUAAGAAAUUCUCUGGGCGCACCUCGUUGACCGAUCACGUACGCUCCGAUUGUGGCCGUAAACCGCUUUACCAGUGCAAUGUGUGUGGAAAGCAUCUAACUACAGCGGGCAUAUUGAAAACACAUCUGCUUUUGCACAAGGAUGAUACGCCCUAUCAGUGCGACAAAUGUGGCAAGACCUUCAAAGUGAAAGCGCAGUACAAGACGCAUAUAAAAACGCGGCAUACGGACUUUAAACCUUUUCAGUGUCAUCUAUGCCCUAAAGCCUAUCCCUACCGCGAAUCACUGCUCACACACAUGACCGUGCAUACGGGCAUCAAACGCUUCCUUUGCAAUGGCUGUGGCAAACGUUUCACUUGUGUUUCCAACCUACAGGCACAUCGUAAAGUGCACUCGGAUACUUGUGGCCAACUGCCACUCAAUGCAAAGGCCACGCAGUAUAUGGGCGUGCAAAAAGGCAAUCUACUUUUAGGCGCUAAGCCAGAGGCUGGCGUAGAUUAUAAGGAAACCAAUACGCUUAUAGCAAAAGAAGUAAUUGAUCGUGAUCGUCCGAUGGCGCAAGAAAUUAAUUAUCCCUCGGAACCGUCUGCGCCUUUGGCAACUGUGCCCCUAAACUAUACACAAACCGUAACGCCACAAUUAUUACUCCCACAAGUCAUCACGCAAUUUAUAGAUGAUACGCAUACAUUGGCGUCUACGUCGACCGCAUUUCCUUGAGUGCGGAAGUGAGUUCAUUAUUUAGAUUUAAUUUGUAUGCUUAGUUGUAGAUUUAAGUUGCUUUUAAAGUGUCAUAGAAUUUGUUAGUGAUACGCUUAACUUAAGCAAAUUUGCAUUUUAAAAUGUAUUCUUUUUAGUUUUAGCCAAUAAAGGUAUGCGUAAAAAUAUAAAGUUAAUUUUAUAUUUGUAAAAA